AUGGCAAACAACGCCAUCAACCCAGAAGCAAGAGCGCGGACAACAGACAAUAGCGAUGAUACCACGGGGACAGGACGACGUAACAACGCGACGACAGGCAGUAGUACCCUUGGUGAGGGCGUCGCCGAUGCCAUGGACGCGAAAUCCAGCAAGGCGAACGUGGCCGCCGAGAAGGUGCUGUCAGUGUCGGCGAACCUGGCGAAGCUGCUGCCGUCGGGCGCGGUGCUGGUGUUCCAGACGCUGUCCGCGUCCUUCACCAACCAGGGCGCCUGCAACGUCGCCAACAAGUGGCUCAGCGCCUGUCUCGUCGCCUUCCUCACCGCCGCCUGCAUCUUCCUCACCUUCACCGACAGCAUCGUGCACAAGGGCAAGAUCUACUACGGCGUGGCGCUCCCGCGCCGCCUCAACGUGUUCGGCCUCACCAAGAGGGAGGAGCGCGAGCUGCUCAAGGCGCUCGGGGGCGAGCUCAAGGAGCGCCGCCUCAAGACGCUCGACUGGGUUCAUGCCUUCUUCACCGCCAUCGUCUUCAUCUCCAUAGCCAUGGGCGACGUCGGGCUCCAGAAGUGCUUCGUCCCGGAUCUGGACAGCGACCACAUGAAGAAUGUCAAGGAGCUGCUGAGGAACGCGCCGCUGGGGCUGGCGCUCCUGUCCAGCUUCGUCUUCAUGAUCUUCCCCACCAGAAGACGCGGCGUCGGCUUCGACAACGGCGGCCGCGGAGAUACCCCUCCAUCUGAGGAGGACAAAAAAAAGCAGCAGCAGUCAAAGGACAACAACGCUUCAGCCAACGUUUAA